GAAUUAUUCGUUUGACACACGUUCAAAUAAAUUCCGCGUGACGCAGCUGACCUGACCUGAUCCACAGCUGAUUUGCCGAUACGUUGGAAUCUCACUGUUGCGCUCACGAUAGAAAACGCUAGAGAGAGCGGCAUGUCGUGAGUUGAACGUGAGCGGGCUUCGUCAAAGCAAGAGCGUUGUUCGCUAUCGUUUUAAACGCAUUCGCGCUUCCCAUAAAGUACUGCAGAAGGGUUAUCAUUGCAGAUGUACCUUCCAUAAGGCGGUGAAGCAUUAUUUAGAAGAUUCCUUUGACACACUGGACAUUAGCUAACGUGCUGCGUCGUAAAGACGCAACCAGGCGCCAUGAUGGUAGGUGGAACCUGUUAUCACUUGGCCGGUAGGCUAUUGAAUUUUCCAUGCGUUUAAUUAGUUGGAACUCUGGCAUUGUUCGUUCCCUUUAAAAAAAAGGAGAUCUACAGUAUUUAAUAAGCGAGAAAUGUUGCAGGACGGAAUAUGUGACACUACCGACAUUUUAAACAGCGUGCCUCCGAAAAAGACUAUUCAUGCUGAUAGUGUAGAUCUGCCAGACAAGCCUCUGCGAGUGGAUAUAUCUGAUGCUCUCAGUGAGAAGGAUAAAGUGAAAUUUACUGUACACACUAAAACUUCCUUGCCUGAUUUUCAAAAGCCAGAGAAUUUGGUUGUAAGACAGCAUGAGGAAUUUGUCUGGCUUCAUGACAGAUUUGAGGAAAAUGAGGAGUACGCUGGAUAUAUUAUUCCACCAUGUCCACCAAGACCGGACUUUGAUGCAUCACGUGAAAAGUUACAAAAAUUGGGAGAGGGUGAAGGUAACAUGACAAGAGAAGAAUUUAACAAAAUGAAGCAAGAAUUAGAAGCAGAAUAUUUGGCUACUUUCAAGAAAACUGUCGCUAUGCAUGAAAUGUUUCUAACAAGAUUAGCACAUCAUCCAGUUUUUCUAAAUGAUCACAAUCUUAGAGUAUUUUUAGAGUACGAUCAAGAUCUGUGCGUGAGAGGAAAAAAUAAAAUGGAAAUGUUUGGUGGUUUAGUGAAAUCUUUUUCCAAAACUACAGAUGAAUAUUAUCUGCAGGCAACUGUUAAAGAUGUAAAUGACUUUUUUGAUCAAGAAAUGACAUUUCUGCAAUUGUAUCAUCAGAACUUAAAAGAAGCAACGAGUCGUUCCGAUCGUCAAACUGUUAAGCAUAAAGACGUAGCCGAUUCGUAUAUUAAAAUAUCUACUAAUCUUUUACAAUUAGCUACAAUAGAUCCUGGUAAAUUAGAGAAAUUUUUAACAAAGAUUGCUGAAACGUUUGAAAAAUUACGGAAGGUCGAAGGACGAGUAGCAUCCGACGAAGAUUUGAAAUUGUCUGAUACGCUUCGUUAUUACAUGAGGGAUACUGCUGCAGCGAAAAAGCUUCUUUUUAGAAGGUUAAAAGCUUUACAUGCGUACGAAUCUGCGAAUCGUGCUCUUGAAAAAGCUCGUGCCAAAAAUAAGGAUGUACAUGCAGCACUGGAAGUUGCUGAGGCAGAACAAGCUCAAACCGAGGCGUGUGAAAAAUUCGAACAGAUGUCGGAAAAGGGUAAAAAAGAAUUAACGGAUUUCAAAACGAGGCGUGUAGCAGCAUUUAAAAAGAACCUUAUUGAGUUAACAGAACUUGAAAUAAAACAUGCUAAAGCGCACGCAGAGUUGCUCAAGAAAUGUCUAUCCGUACUUCGGGAGGAGUGAUCCAAUUUGUCAGUUGCCAUGGCUAAAUCUGUUAUGCGCUUUGCAUACAGAUAACAACUUAUUUACAGUUAUUAUAAUUUAAUGGUACUGUAAAAUAUUAUAUAUUUUUUGUUAUCUAGAUAUAUUAUAUAUUACAAAUUAAAGUUUUAAAUUACUACAGCUGCAAAGAGGGUUCAGCUGCUUGAAAAUAGUUAACGAAAAAGAAUAAUAAUAAUAUUAAUAAUAUUAAUAAUAAUAAUAAUGAUAAUAGUAAUAUGAAAAGAAGAUUAAAUAAUUUGUAUCAGUUGUUUUUGAGCUGUAGAAAGCUGUGGAUAAUGCUAUUACUUUUGUCUAGAUGAAAAUUAGGCAUUACAUUCUUUUUUCUUAUGCAUUUAAAUAUAUAUGUUGCGCGAAUCACGAAGGUGCA